AUGCGCUUCUACCACAUUGUCGACUUGACAAAAUGGCAGAUCCAUCCCUGCACAGGGACGUUAAUAAAGGUACACGAGCAAUACAGACCUACGGAAGUGCACUUGCAACAACAAUACCCUCGGGUCAUUGACUGGAUACCAUUCCCCUCGAUCCAAAACCGACUCAUUCGCCUGCACGCAGCGAACCCUCAGAUUGACCAAAUAUGCUGCGACACCGUCAGCAGCUAUGUCAUCGAGGCGAACAUGGCGGAUUUCAUCAUGGGCGCUCCCGCUGUAACGGCCUACAUCCAAGUGAUCGAUGUGAUCGCUAAUAUCCCUUCCAUGACACAGGGAACUGAGCCUCAGCCCUCUGCCGUGCUUCCUGCUCCGGAUGCUGCUGCUCUUUUCUUGUCCCCAGAGUAUGCUCGGGCUGUCUUCCAGAAGCUGAAUAUCGAUCGCGGAAUAUCACACUACAAGAUGGAUCCUGCUUUCUUUGGCACGUAUCCAGAGCUCUACGACCCAAACGUUGAUAUUGCAGCAAAGGGUAUUCCGCUUAGACCGGACGUACAGCUGCGCCUGACGUAUCCCAAGCCUCUCGACUCUUUGACGUUUCGAACCUGCCGCAGCUUCAUGGGCUUUUCUUUCUAUGCACCGUUGAGUGUGGUGCAGGUUUUCAGAUGA